UUUGUCGUUUAUCUAUAUGCAUUCUUUGAAUUUUGAUGAUAAUGUUUACCUAUUUAGAAUUCAUAAGACUUAAAUUCCUCAUAUUUUCUUUUUUCAAAUCACAAUUCCUUCUUUCCAUCACUAAAUCAGCUGCAGACGAUAUACAUGUGCCUUAUCAUAUUUGAGAUAAACUUGGAUUGACUCUUUUUUAGUUAUAAAACAGUGUGGUGGUUUUCACCGUUAUUCCUUGAUUGUGAUGCUUAAUUGCAACAAUUUAAUUAUCAUUUGCGCUAAAACAGUGUAAUUCCUCAUUGCAAUUGAUUGUUUUUUUUUCUUCCUAAUUAUGGAACGUUAAAAAUACAAGAAUAGAUAGAUAGAUAGAUACAGUAGGUCGCAAUUAAAGAAGAUAUAAAUUGUGCGUGCUUAUCUUACGCGGAAAGGCGACACAUGUCGAUCGGUAUUGUUCCGAACAACAACUCACUCCAAGCUACGUACGUGUCAGCUGUGUGUGUUGGGCAAUCCCUCUAUAUAUAGCUUCAUAAUCUGCUCAUGCUAAACAUCAUUCCACCAUUUGCUACAUACAUUAAACACAUACAACAGAAGCAAUAGUCUUUUUAGUGAGAGAAGAUGGCGCAAUACGGCAGACAGACCGACGAGUACGGCAACCCCGUCCAACGCCCCGGUGGAGGCACCGAUGACUCCACCGCCGCCCACAUGACGGACCAGUACGGUGUUACCGGCGCUCACGGUGGAAAGGUUACUCAUGGAACCGACUACGGGACUACCGGCGGAGGCACCACUGGUGCGCAUAAGACCGACCAGUACGGCGCCACCGGAACCACCGGGGCGGUCGGCACUCACGGUGCUGGGGUUCCGGGGACCACCGGAGCAUAUGCGACUCACGGCGGCACUGGGAUGACGGAGGGCGGCGGGCACCGGCGCUCUGGCAGCUCCAGCAGCUCGGAGGACGACGGGCAAGGCGGGAGAAGGAAGAAGGGGAUCAAGGAGAAGAUCAAGGAGAAGCUUCCCGGCGGCAAGACGGAGGAGCAGAGCUACGGCACCACCACCAUGCCGGGCGGCGUGGGAUAUGGAGAGGAGCAUCAUGAGAAGAAGGGAAUGAUGGAGAAGAUCAAGGAGAAGCUGCCCGGCAACCAUUAAAUAUCUUAUCUUAUAAUAUAGAUAUAGAUACAGUUAUAUAAUAAGUCAGCUGCAGCUGCAGCUGCACUACUCUAUGAGUAUGUGUAUAGCCCAUGCACUUCUUUUCUUAGUUUUGUUUGAAUGAGGUGUGUACUGUAUUUACUUUUUCUGUAUUUCGACAUCUCUUCCUUUAUGUGAAGAUGACUAUAAUAUUAUGUAUUUUUCACUUUCCA